CAUGGGUGAGCAGAGUGGUGGCAGUGAUGGAAAGCAAUGCUGUUUAGAAAAAAACACGCCUUGAAAAGGUUGGAAGGCUUAAUCAAAAGGAAAUGGAUGUGAUCACAUUUGGUGUUAUAAUCGCCAUAAUCUUGCUUUUUUUUUGCGCCGUUUGCUUCAUCACCAUCGAGGGCACCUGCAAGCGCCGUCCUUCCUAAACCUUUACAUCCAAACACGCCCUUGCUGAAGCUCCUUUUAACUCUUUUUUCUGUCCUUUCUUUUUUAUUCUAUUUUUUAUUUUUCCGCAAGGAAAUUAGGGUUUCUGCUACGAAAAAUUGGAAAUGGGGUUUUUGAAGUGGCAGAUCUCGGUAGUGUUGGUUGUCGGAUUUGGGUUGAAUCUGUGCUUUGGGCACGAGGGUCACCAUUCUGGAUCCUGUGCAUCUGCGGUCCAUGAGUCUCAUGCUCACCACCACUGCGAUCACGGAAGCCAUUCCCAUCAUCAUCAUCAUCAUCAUCAUCAUAGUCCAAGUGAGGAGAAGCUUACUAUGUCCAAGCUCCCGGAGGAAUUGGCUGAGGAGGAGGAUCUGAAGUUGUACGGGCUCGGGUCCCACUACAACCACCAUGACAGCCAUGAUCAUGAUCGUGAUGCUCACGACCAUGGGCUCUCUGGUGUUGGUUUGUGGGUUCAUGCAAUGGGCUGCUCACUGUUGGUGAGCAUGGCUUCCCUUAUUUGCCUCAUUAUUUUGCCAGUAAUAUUCAUACAAGGAAAACCAUCCAAGGCAGUUGUUGAUUCAUUGGCUGUAUUUGGGGCAGGAGCCAUGUUAGGGGAUGCUUUUCUUCACCAGUUGCCACAUGCUUUUGGUGGCGAACAUUCCCAUUCACAUGAUGAGCAUGCUCAUCAUCAUGGACAUGAGCAUUCACAUUCACAUUCUCUGAAAGAUCUUUCUGUUGGAUUAUCUGUUCUUGGUGGAAUUGUACUUUUUCUUCUUGUGGAGAAGCUUGUGAGGUAUGUUGAAGGUAUAUCUGGUGGAGCUAAUAGUGCAUGGAGUCAUGGUCAUCACCACCAUCAUCGUAAGAAUGGUAAAAAGAUGAAGGAUGAUAAUGAUGCUUGUGACAAUCAGCAGUCUGAGUCUCUCAGUGAAAAGAAUCAGAGUACAUUGACUCCAGAAUCUGUUGACUGUUUAACUGGAGAAAAACAAACUGAACAUGAAUCUCUUCUUCGGAAGAGAAAUAGUAUUUCUGGUUUGAGAGAAGAUAAAUCAGAUUCAGAUGCUGGAAAUGGCUCCACCAAUGAUAUUAAGUCCUUAAAGGAAAAAGAACCUGCUCAAUCACCAUCAAAUCUUGUGUUUGGCUAUCUUAAUCUCUUUUCUGAUGGUGUUCACAAUUUUACUGAUGGGAUGGCUUUGGGAAGUGCUUUCUUGCUAUAUGGUUCUGUUGGUGGGUGGUCUCGAACUGUAUUUUUGCUUGCUCAUGAGCUCCCUCAAGAGGUUGGUGACUUUGGAAUUCUGGUAAGAUCUGGCUUCAGUGUCUCAAAGGCCCUCUUCUUCAACUUCCUCUCAGCUCUAGUUGCACUUGUUGGAACUGCUUUGGCUUUGCUCCUUGGACAAGAUCCGGGACAGUCAUCAUUGAUUGAGGGAUUUACAGCUGGUGGAUUUAUCUACAUUGCAGUUGCUGGAGUGCUACCAGAAAUGAACAAUGGAAACUCAACAUUGAAGGGCACAUUUAUCCAAUUAACCUCGCUGAUAUUGGGCAUGGCUGUUGCCCUUUGUAUUUCCCUUGUAGAAUGAAAGUGCAUUUCGAUUCUGUAACUAUGUUGAUGUUAAAUGUGAUGUGACUAUGUUAACUUUCUGUCUCAUAAACUUUCCAGUUAUGUGCAUUUCCAUUCCGUA